CGAAACGUUUCACAUGUGGAACAUUGCGCGCCGGACCUUUAUACGUUACUUCCUCGCAAGGGAGAAAUAAUUGAUUGUCUCUUGCUUUAAAUUUUUGUCUUCUUUUCUUUGAAAAAAUUUGUAUCUUUCCUGAAACAAAAUCUCCGGUCGAAUAAAGGAAUCGUGCCAAAUCUUACCACGUAUUACCGAAAUGCGACUUUGACUAAGACAAGUAAUAAAACAAGCUUGUGAACGUAGCUACAUGACAAUUCGCGCUUUGAAAAUUUUUCACGCGCGUCCAUCUCUAUAAACGUAACCUAAGCAGCCAUGUCCGCACCAACGAUAUCAAACUUUCCAAAUUGUCAUCGAUAAGCGUAAUAAUGCGUGCGAAUACAACAAUAUGGUAAACGACGUGAGGUUUGCAAAUUAUCGGCAGCAUAUACCACAGUGGUGAGAGCUCCUUUUUCCGUAACCUCUCUCUUUGGAUGAAAAAUUCAAUAUCGUAAUAAUAUACCGUAAUAAUAUAAACAAACAAAGCCGACACUCUUGCGAAUGAAAAAUGUCUCUUCACAGUUUAUCGGCCGGGCUUGCAAUAAUCUUUUCCAUUAAUCGAACGAUAGAACGAUGAAAUAACAUUUCUGCAGUCCGCUCGCUCGUAGUAUUAGAUCGUGUAAUUAUUAGACGAAUCGAUAUCUCAUUCGCGUCCGAGAGUUAAAUGUCAAAGAGCAUUCAUUUGAUCGAGCGGUCCUCCCCUUGAUGGAAUUUGUCAAUCUCCCUUAUGCCAUCAUAUUACGACAAUGGAUACUGUAACGCCAUUAUACGACCGCAUGAAAUUUUUACCGCUUUCGGUUUGGUUGAUGAGGAUCGUGCUGGCGCCUGCGCCGAAUCGCCUGGGUUUGAAUAGAGCAAAACUCUCUCUCUCUCUCUCUCUCUCUCUUUCGUGGGGUAGCUUGACCCUUGGUCAUCCACUGGAACAGUCUAGCCGGUACUGUCUGCGGUGAUACUAUGCUUUUCACGCAACAGUUAACAUCCUUGCCAUGCCUUGCCAAGUAUAAAAAGUCUCGGGCGCCAAGCAAAGCCAUGGAGCGUUACGAGCGUUUGGCGCGGCUCGGCGAGGGUAGUUACGGCGUUGUCUUCCAGUGUAGGGACCGGCAAACUGGAAAACUGGUGGCUGUAAAGAAGUUUCAACAAACCGAAGAUGAUCCCCUCAUACGUAAGAUCGCGCUACGAGAGAUACGUCUGUUAAAGAAUCUCAAGCAUCCGAACCUGGUGAAUCUUCUGGAGGUCUUCAGACGGAAGAGAAAGCUGCAUCUGGUGUUUGAAUACUGCGAAAACACUCUGCUGAACGAGAUGGAAAAGUAUCCAACCGGCUGUCCAGACCUCACCACCAGGCAACUCACCUGGCAAAUUCUGCAGGGAGUAGCCUAUUGCCAUCGUCUGGGAUGCGUUCACAGGGACGUCAAGCCGGAGAACAUCCUCAUCACCGGCGAAGGUGUGGUAAAGCUGUGCGACUUUGGAUUCGCGCGUAUGCUCAGCCCCGGUGAAAACUACACGGAAUACGUCGCCACCAGAUGGUACAGGGCGCCGGAAUUGCUGGUCGGGGACACGCAGUACGGUACCCCGGUCGACGUGUGGGCGGUCGGUUGCGUGUUCGCCGAAUUGAUACGGGGCGAAGCCUUAUGGCCGGGAAAAUCCGACGUAGAUCAAUUGUAUCUGAUAAGAAGGACACUGGGCGAUCUCUUACCGAGGCACAUGGCCAUCUUUCAGCAGAACGAAUUUUUCGCCGGUAUCACUCUUCCAACGCCGCAAACGCUCACACUCCUUCAAGACGCGCUACCCCAUAAUCCUUUGCAGCUGGACUUUCUGAAGAAGUGCUUGGACAAAGAUCCGAACGAAAGGUGGACGUGCGAACAGUUGCUGCGACAUUCUUAUUUUGACAAUUUUCACUUCAAAAUGCCGGAUGUCGAGGUGGAAGAGUUUGAAAAAUUGAAAAAAUAUCGAGAACGGUCUCGGAAUACCAAUUAUAGUCAAAUGGUGUUGCCGCAAUUACCCAAGGCUGGCCCUUCUGUUCAUAGCCAGGGCGAAAGUCGGCCCAAGAGCUCCUCCAUACAUCAACCAAAUUUCGACCAUCUACCGACUAUAAGAGGUUAAUCGAUCUCUCCUCUGUACAUAUAUUUUCUUAAGCCUUUCGAAGAUAUGUAGUAGGUGGAAUAUUUUUUAGAAAAAUAAGGAGAAAAAGGAACAAAGAGAAACGGUUGUUAUCCUUUGUUCCCUUGGCACGUUUCCUUUUUAAAGGUAAUUUUCAGACCUUUAUUUCAAUUUCAAACAAGACUUACGUUUGUACUUGCACGUAGGAACAAACGCGGUAUGUAUAUCUCUUAUAAUAAAGAAAUUUUCUAAUAAAUAA